CUUGCUCACUGCCAUGAUCGAUGGAGACAUACUACUACUCUCAGUUUAAUCAUGCGGUUGUUCGUGUGGCUUUAUUCGAUGAUGUGAUGAACGCUGCCGCCAUCAGGUCUCGUAUUGUUCAAGCCGCUAGAAAUCUCGGUGUUGAUGGGAAUACUGAACGUGAAGCUGUCAACUUCGCCUUCAUUGAUGCACGCCUGAUAUCAAGCCCACUUCACCUCCAGACAGCAAUCUAUCAGGCGCUUUUGUCAGAGGCGCAGGGUCAACUUCGGACUAAAACUGUCCACUCAGAGAUACUAUGGGCACUGAACCCCACCAAUAAUAUCACUGAAGCCAUCCGACGAUAUGGGGUAUCGGAUGAGUCGACCACACUCAUUGUUGUCCGUGUAGAUGUCUCAGAUACCCCUGAUCUACAGCGUCGCAUGUGCGACGUUAUCCAAGGGUGUAUGGUUCCUUUUCAAGCGCUAGUUAAAAUGACGGAUUGGUCAAUUAUCAAAAAGCAUUAUAAAUUGGAUUCGGAGUCGGCCUUGAAAGAGGUGCAAGGGAACCUAGAUCGUGAGCGUUCCAUCAUCGACAAUAUCGUUGUAAGUUCGGUAGCGAUGAAGAAUGUUAUGGCAUGAAUUUGAUUACUGGUGACAUCCAGCAAUCAUCCAUAUCACUCA